UCGCUUCAAAAACUUUGAGCGUGUACACAGUGCAACGUGAACGGAGCUGAGCAGAGCGGCUGCCGCGAAGAGUACAAUUUUUUUUAGCCUGGCAUAUUAAAACAAUUCACUUGAAACAAUUUUUAACAACAAUUUCAUUCGCACAAAACGAACGACGAAAUAAUUAAGUUGAAAAUCAAUAAGAAUUAAAUAAUAUUGUGCUAAAUAUAAAGUGUGUUUGUUUAAAUCAAAAAUAAAAAAAUGAAUUGCAAUUGCAAUUGAAAAUCUAUUUUGGAAUUACAAAUUGCUUCCAAUGGAAAUCAUGUGCCUAAAAAUGUAAAUUGCGCAAAGAAAAUCGACGUCUAUUUAAAAGUCCAACAAAAGCAACACCAACAACACCAAUAACAACAACAGCAGCAACAACAGAAACAACAGCAACAACAACAAAACAACGAGCACGGCAAAAAUAUCUAGCGAGAAAAAAAAAAACAGAAAAAAAUUCAAUUCAAAUACAAAACGUGUUAAGCAAAAAAAUAAUACAACAGCAACAACAACAGCAACAACAACGACACACAAAAUUUGUCUAUAUAAAAUUGCAUAAAAAUAUUUUUUUUACUGUAGUGUUGUGUCGUAGCGCACAGAUACAGGUACAAAGCGACACUCACAUCUACAGUCGUCGACGUGGCCCUCGCCUCAGUGUGUGUGUGUCCGUGUGCUCGCUGAUGUGCAUGUGUGCGAGCGCUUGUGUGUGUGUGUGUUUGUGUGAGCCGCAGUCGCUGUCACCGUCAACGUAAACGACGCCGUCGUUUGCCGUCGCUGUCACCGUCACCGUCGCCGUUGUCACCGUCGUCGCCGUCGUCGUCGUCGUUGCCGCUGCCGCAAACGUUCAUUAUUAAUAUUAUUAUUAUUAUUAUAUUUUUGGCACGCAAACCUGUAACAGUCGCCUGCUCUGCCAGCGUCGCUGUCAACGUCGCGUUUUGUGUUAAUUAAAUUUACUUUUGUGAAUGAAAUGCGAAAAAAAACCAGCAAAGCGAAUAAAAAAUAUUUUUUAGUAUGUACAUAAAUGCUAAAUAAAUAACACAAAAAGCAACAGCAACAGCAACAACAAAAUAAAAAGCAAUUCUACGACCGUCUCUAUUUGUAUAUAUGUACAUCGUAUGCACAUACAUAUAUACAAAUACAUAUGUAUUGUGUGUCGCGAUCGCGAGUAGAAUUAAAAGCCACCAAAUUAAAGCCAAAUCCGAGCGACCAGUGCUAGCCCCAAAAAAAAAAAUAAACGGAAACUUUGGAUUAUACGAUUAUACGACGAGCACAUCAUUAAUUGGAUAUAUAUCAUUAUUAAACGAUUUUCGAUCGCACAACGGAUUAUAACUGCAUCAUCUCGCAUCGAAACAAAUCAUUAUUAUUGCAUUGGAUAUUUACUUUGGAUUGCUUUUGAAAAUCAAUAAAGCAAUCGACGCUGCAUUUGGAAAAGAGAAAGAGAAAAGGAAUCGAUAAGAAAAGAAAAGAACGUGCUAGGAUGAAGGCAAAUCGAGCCGAUUUCGGGCACAGCAAUUAUCGAGGGCUCAGCAAUUAUUGAGGGGCUAAAGAAGAGGAGUGCAGAGGAGAGGAGAGAGCAGAGAGCAGAGCAGGAGGAAGAGGAAGAGGAAGAGGAAGAGGAAGAGGAAGAGGAAGAGGAAGAGGGGCCUUAGCAGUGCAAGGCUGUUGCUUGGAAUUGGUUACAACACUACAUGGAUCGCAGAAAUGGCGGCGAUCCCUUGGCGCCACCCCGGCCCCCAAAGCUCCUACCGCGCGUGCAUCGACCAAGGGCGCCGGAGCCAACAGCGUUAAGCGACAGCAACAACAGCAGCAGUAGCAGCAGCAGCAACAACAUCAGCAGCAGCAGCAGCAACAGCAACAGCAACAACAACAAUUGCAAUCAGCAACAUUCUAGUAUUACAACAAGCAGCAGCAACAACCACAACAACCACAACAACCAUAACACCAACAACAACAUAAUAUCGAUAAUACCUGCCACGGCCGAUAUCGACGAUUAUCAGAUACAUCAUCUGACGUUUCUGCCACAGCGUCCAAGCAGCUUGAGCCGCAACAGCAGCAACGCCUCCUCAUCGACAGCGACGGCGAACAGCAGCACCGGAUCGACGUCCAGUUUUACGCGUCGUCGUCCGCCAGUGCCGCUGCUGAGCAUCACCAGCAGCAACCACAACAACAGCAGCAACCACAACAACAGCAGCAACCACAACAACAACAACACUGGCAACAAUAUCAACAGUAGCAACAACAGCAACUUCCUUAGUCAUUUCCAAAGCGCUGAGCCCGUGUCAUUGUUGUCAACGGGUCAGCCGCCCGCCUCCCCCGUCACGCUGGCGCAACCGCGACCCGAAUCCGAAAGGCUCACCAAUGUGUAUGUGGAUACACCGCUGCAGCAUGCAACACGAGCGCAGCAUCCCGCUGGCCAGCAGGAUAAUGGCCAGACAACGACGCAUCAUUUGUUGUUGCUGCCACAGCGACAACAUCAUCAGCAGCACAUUCGGCAGCAGCAGCAGCAGCAGCAGGAGGAGCAGGAGGACAUCAUCACAUCAAUCGACUGGCGGCGGCGACGACGGCAGCUGCAGGCUCAGCAACGUCAACGUCGACGUCGAUCAAUGUCAAUGUCAACGUUAACGUCAACGUCAGCGGGCGGCAUCGAUGGCACCGAUGGCUUAUUACAUUCGCAUUUGCACACAAUUCCCGCGCAACAUCAGCAACAUCAUCAUACGCAUCAGCAACAUACGCAUACGCAUCCGCAACACCAGCAACAUGCGCAACAGUUAAAUGGUCACACCAAAGCACCCGCCUCCAAAUUUGCGCCGCCGGCGCAGCCACGCAAUGGACUUGGCUUUGCCGCAGCGGCGACAGUGCAACCGAUAACGCAACCGAUAACAAAACAGCCCGCAUCCGGCAAGGAGCAUAUGCAUGCGUUGGAGGAGUUGCUGCAACACCAGCAGCAGCAGCAGCAGCAACAACAAUCUCUGCCCGGCAGCGGGGGACAAUUGGGUGCAUCCAUUGUCAUGGGCGGUGAUCCGUCGCUGCUCAAUCCGAUUGUCUGUCCACACUGCGGACUGUGUCGCUGCGAGCAGUGCCAGAGUCCACGACCUUUGCCCCAGACCUGGGUGUGCAACAAGACAUGUUUGUGCAGUGCCGAGUCGAUCAUCGAUUAUGCCUCCUGUCUGUGCUGUGCGAAGGCAUUGUUCUAUCACUGCGCCCGGGACAAUGACAUGGACUGCGAUGAUGGCACCGGAACACCCUGCGUCGACAAUCCCUGCUCCUGCGGCCCCUACAAGCGCACCCAACGCUGGGGCUGGCUGGGAGCCCUGUCCAUCGUGUUGCCCUGCCUCUGGUGUUACUGGCCGAUGCGCGGUUGCAUCAAGCUCUGCGAGAAGUGCUAUGCGAGAUUUGCCGGACGCGGAUGUCGUUGCCAGCACUCCGGUAAUAGUGGCAUCGGUUCCACCAGCAGCAUGAUGCCAAUUGUGCCACUGGGCGGCGGCGGCAACGGCAUCGGGGGCAACCUCAAUGGCAGCGGCAACAAUGGGGCACAGAAUGGAGGACAGGCCAAUGGCAAGGGAUUCGAUCAUGGCUGCAGUGCAGCCAGUCGCAUCCUCCGCAAGGGCGAUCUGACGCCAGAGAAGCGGCUGCUCGACUCCAGUCCGGAUUACUAAGGCGCCAACGGAAACGGAAACGGGAACGGAAAUAGUCGCGGGCGCGGUUUGUGCGCGUUUUUUUGCUUAGUGCUAAAAAACGCGUCACACACAUGAAAGUCGCUAGGGGUGCAACAGAAAUUUCUAUAUAUAUACGCCUAUAUAUACAAAUAUUAAAUGUAUGACUUAAAGAUAUAUAUACAAAUAUUUAAUGUA